AUGAGCUUUGCAGAUAUAGAAGCAGGUCUGUCAAGGCCGUCUCAUGCAGUCCCCGCGCCUUCCCAGUCCCCUGAAAGGGCUGCAUUCGAUUCCCUUCAGUCUUCCCUCGCUCUUCAGGUGUUCAAGAUCAACUCCAAUGUUCAGGGUAUUCUGAAGCUUGUCGACGAACUGGGGACUGGUAGAGACUCCGCUAGUCUUAGGAAGCGAUUACAUGACCUUACAGAGGCCACCAGGGCCAUGUCCAAGCGUGGGUCCGAGGACCUCAAGAGCCUCGCAUCAAUGCCGACGUCCACAUCACAACAGAAGGCAGCAUUGCAGAAGACUUCGCAUGAUCUUCAACUGUCGCUUGUAGCAUUUCAGCGCGCCCAACAAGUUAGCGCCGAGAGGCAACGGACAGUUGUUGAGGGCGUGAAACUCGCAGUUGAUGACGAACAUACUGGCGAGCAACAAGCACUUGAUCCUUCCGCGUCACCGCAACAACGUCAGGCUCAAUUGCUGCAAUCACAGCUAUCCCCACAUGAACUCGCUUACCAGGAGUCGCUCGUCCAGGAGCGGGAGCGUGAAAUUCAAGAAAUAGAGACCGGCAUUCAUGAGCUGUCGGAGAUAUUCCGAGACCUAGGCACGCUCGUCAAUCAACAAGGUGGAAUGAUAGACAACAUUGAGUCCAAUGUCUAUUCAAUUGCCAAUGAUACCCAAGGUGCUGCAGAGGAACUCUCGACUGCGUCGGAAUACCAGAGGAAGGCGGGUCGCCGCGCAGCAUGCUUGAUGAUUAUCCUCGUGAUUGUGGUGGCUAUUGUACUGCUGGCGGUAAGCCACGUCCCUUAA